ACGUUGAUUUCAUUUUGUACUUCAAGUUUUGUGAAAUGAAAUUCCUGGCGCUUAUUUCCGUGCUCCUUGCACUGCUCGGCCUGGCUGUGGGCCUCAAGGAUCCCAUUUGUGGACAGCCACAUUCAGCGGAUGGUAAUGGUGUGGCCAGGUGUAUGGCACUUAUCCCUAAAUGGACCUACAAUGCGGCAGAUAAUCAGUGCGUGGAGUUCAUCUAUGGAGGCUGUGGCGGCAAUGACAAUCGAUUCGAAAGUCAAUCUCAGUGUGAAGCAAAGUGCAAGAACUAAAUAAAAGUUGUUGUAGUAGUAUAUUAUGUAAUGCUAUAUACUUGUAGUUUCAAAUCCAGAAAUUAUGAAAAAAGUUCAACUUUUACGGAAUACAUUUUACAAAUACAAAUACAAAUUUUUGAUCAAUUUGAAAACCAA